UUCUAUUAUACAAAAUAACUCUAGUUUUUGGCAAUAACAAUUAUGAUGUUGCUUCUUAUCCUUGUAGCUCUUCCCAUUUUCCUCUUCUUCUUUGUUCUUCACAAAAACAGAGGAAAUGGACAAGUCCUCCUUCCACCAGGCCCUCCUGGACUUCCCUUCAUUGGAAACUUACACCAGCUCGACAACUCUGCCCCUCACCGCUACUUCUGGCAACUCUCCAAGAAAUACGGUCCUCUCAUGUCCUUACGACUCGGCUCUGUUCCAACCCUUGUGGUUUCUUCAGCAAAAAUGGCGAAAGAGGUUAUGAAGACCCAUGAUCUUGAGUUUUCUAGCAGGCCUUCCAUGGUUGGCUCGCAAAAACUCUCUUACAAUGGCUUGGACUUGGCUUUUGCACCAUACAAUGACUAUUGGAGGCAAAUGAGAAAGGUUUGUGUUCUUCAGCUCUUCAACACCAAAAGGGUUCAAUCUUUUCAUUCAGUUCGCGAAGAAGAAGUGCAUCGAAUGAUUGAGAAAAUAUCUAAAUUAGCUUCUGAGGAUAACGGUAUUAACUUGAGUGAGAUGCUCAUGGCUCUCACAAGCACCACAAUCUGCAGGGUUGCUUUUGGGAAGAGGUAUGAGGAUGAAGGUCAUGAAAGAAGUAGAUUUCACAGCCUACUCAACGAAGGUCAAGCCAUGAUUGCGAGCUUCUUCAUUUCAGAUUAUUUUCCUUUGAUGGGUUGGGUUGAUAGACUUUCUGGACUCUAUGGCCGCCUUGAGAAAAAUUUCAAGGAGUUUGAUAAGUUCUACCAAGAAAUCAUCGAUGAUCAUCUUGAUCCAAAAAGACGAAAAUCUAAUCAAGAAGACAUCACAGACGUCUUGCUGAAAUUGCAAAACAAUCGGUCGUUAGCUAUUGAUAUUACUUUUGACCAUAUUAAAGCAGUCCUUAUGAACAUAUUUUUUGGUGGCACAGACACAAGUGCAGCUACAUUAGUUUGGGCAAUGACAGCGCUAAUGCAGAACACUAAAGCGAUGAAAAGAGUGCAAGAGGAAGUCAGAAAUUUGGUUGGAGAAAAAGGCAGUGUAGAUGAAGAUGAUCUUCAAAACCUUCCAUACCUCAAGGCAGUAGUAAAAGAAACAAUGAGAUUGCACCCUGCAGUUCCACUACUAGUGCCACGAGAAACAACUCAAACAUGUAAGAUAGAUGGGUAUGAAAUUCCACCCAAAACCUUAGUCUAUGUGAAUGCAUGGGCCAUUGGAAGGGACCCUGAAGCUUGGGACAACCCACAAGAGUUCUUACCUGAGAGAUUUAUAGGGAGCACAAUUGACUUCAAAGGUCAAGAUUUUGAGCUUGUUCCCUUUGGUGCUGGUCGAAGAGGUUGUCCUGGGCUCUACAUGGGUGCUGUUCAAGUGGAACUUACACUUGCUAAUCUUCUUGGUGCAUUUGAUUGGGAAUUACCCGUUGGGAUGAAGAAGGAAGAUUUAGACACCGAGGUCAUACCCGGUGUAACAAUGCACAAGAAAACUGCCCUUUGCCUUGUAGCUAGAAACUAUAAUUAGUAGGUAAUGGAUUCUUUUCUCAAAAUCUUCAAUUUUUUUUUCCUAAUGCACUCUCAGUUAUAUGAUCGUAUCUUGAACUUUUUGGAUUUCAAGAUUCCCAUCAUAUCAUAUUGUUGGAAGUAUAUUGAGAAAAAAGAAACUGAAAUUUUGGAAACAAAGGAUCCCUAUAUUAGAAAAUCCUAAAACAAACUUUGACAAGAAAAAUGUCCUUUGCCUUGUACCUAGAAACUAUUAGUGGGCACAGCACCAUCUGUCAUAAAAUUUCUGUCUUUUCAUUUUUAAUGUACUCUUAAUUGUUGGAUUGUAUCAUAUUUUGAAAUUUGUACCAUAUUUCGUGUGCUGAGACUGUGUUGGGAAUGGAAGGACAAGAAUUUUAGAAGCAGAAUGGACACUUUAAUUAGGUUGGUGAAUAAGCCUUCGAUAUUAAAUGAAAUGCAGUAGGAUCAAUGUGUGCUUGAA